ACUCAAUUCAACAUGGCGAGUGUUUGGAUGGUGUGGUUGGCUCUUGUUGUCGUGCAACUGGGAUUUGGAGCUUAUGGAGUUAUCGUUUCCAAAUUUGCUAAAGAGAACAAAGCAGAUCCUCUAAUCUUCAGCCUGAUUCGCGAUGCGGGAUGUUUUCCUGUGCUUCUCUUGGCAGCUUUUGUCUCCGAGAAGAGGAUUCAAAUUCCUUCUCCUAGGGAACUUCCCCUUUUCAUCGUUCUAGGUUUAACAGGAAUGUUUGGUAAUCAACUAUUGUACCUUCUUGGUAUUUAUUACACUAACGCGAACAUAGCGUCCAUCUUCCAACCAGCAAUCCCCGUGUGGACAGCAUUACUUGCUAUCAUAGUGCGCAUUGAGCCGUUUCCAGACUUUCGUACUUUGCGCGGCUGGGCCAAGUCUCUGGGAAUUCUUUUAGCUGCUGUCGGAGCCAUAGUUAUGACAGUGGAAAAAAAAACUGGCCAAGCAUCAGACCAUAGUGGAUCAUCCUCGUCUGGCAGCGUCAAUUUUGUGGGGUAUAUAUUCCUCCUCGGGAAUACUUUGUCCAUGGCUGUGUAUAUCCUCCUUCAGAAGAAGUUUAUCUUUGACAAAGAGGACUCUUGUUGGAAAACGAAACCUGUGACAGUCACUGCGUGGAGUUAUCUCUUCGGUGCAAUGUUUAUGGCUCUCGCCUCGCUUUAUUACGUCAACAAGCCGGAAAAGUUUACGUAUUUCCCUCAAGAGGAAGUUUACCCAAUUCUGUACGCAAUAUUUAUCGCCUCAGGUCUAUGUUAUCUUUUAAUAUCCUGGUGUAACAUGCAGAUAUCUGCGUCACUCGUGACAGCCACAUGGCCACUUCAGGUUUUGUUCUGCGCCAUUUUGUCUUACUUUGUGCUGGGCGAGGUGCUGAAAACUUUGGAAUACGUUGGAGGUGUGCUUAUUGUUAUAGGCCUCAUGGCAGUCGUUUGGUCAAAUUUUUCAGAAGAAGAAAUGAAAAGCGAACAGGAAGAAGACUUGAACAAUUCUUAUGGCUACGUUAAAGUAUCACAAUAUGAUGGUUUUGUUGCAGAAGGUUCAAGAAAGAGAAAAGAAGUGAAUUAGACACUAAUUAAGUCUGACAAAAUAACGUCAUCUGAUCUAAAAUAUUCUUCGUUUUAUCUAAUAUUGCAGCGUUGUGCCAUAAGUUGGUCUGUACUUAUAACUGCCAGGGUAUUUAAGAAAAUAUUUAGGAAGUCUCAAAACUUAUGAAUUUCUCACCUAAUCAUAAAACUUAUAAUUUCCUCGAUUGUGAUUUGUUUAAAAAAACUCUUAUUUUCCACUUAUUCACUUGUCAAGGUGUUAUCAAAUCAACCAAUCACAACCUUGGUUUCAAUCACCAUAGAAAAACAGUGUACAGACUCUUAAAUUGAGGCUUUUUUUUCUCUUUUUUAAUUCCAUUUCUUUUAUAACUUGGCUAUAUUCUUCUUCUCUCUUAAAAUUGUAAUUUUUUUGAUUAAUUGGCAAUAAGACUUCAUGUCGUCCAAUUCGGUCUGUAAUCAUACUUGUGAUGAAUAAAUCGGACUCCCGCCGCGCGGUCGUCCGAUUGUGUUAUCACUUGUACGAUGACAGACCGAAUUGGACUCCACUCAGUCCUAUAACCAUUACAUAUUCAUAGAUAAUGUAUUUCGUUAACGUAUAUUUCAGUAAUAUUAAUCGUAGUGGUAAGCCUUCGCAAGAUUUUGGCUUCGUGGUUUGAAGGCCAAAACCCAAAGAGAAAACUCAGCAGUACACGGGUAUGUGUUUCUGGGAGAAUAGAUGCUAGAAGAGAGAUGAAUAGAUGGAUUAAUAGGUAAAUUGGUACACAUAUAGGCGUAUAAUCAUCUUGAUUUUCAGAUUAUUUUAGCCGGGCAUGCAAGGUUGUAUCGAGUGUUUUGUACCACUCGCAAAGUCCCCAGCCUUACUGUUGUCAACAUCACACCUCUAAAGCCAACAUUGCGCUUUGCGGUUAUGUGAUCCAUACAGAGCAUUCUUUUAUUGUUCGA